GCUAAUGACUAAUAAUCCAUUCGCUCUCCAGAUGUGGUCUAUUCUCAGUCAAUAUUUUAUAAAAUAGUCGGACCUCACAAUCCAGAAAAGCCGAUAUGAUUUCUAGAUAGUGCCGGGAUUGUGUGACGAUAUACGAGCAAACUCUUCCCUGAUCCUGGAUUCAACAUCAGUGAUUUUCUCGGAUUUUAAUCAGAUUUAAGCAGUUAACUUUUACGUGAUUUAUUUUAAUCCCACGUGGAAGCUUUAAACUCGUGUUGUCAACACACGACUCAAUCAAUAAACACUCCGUCGCUUUUUGUGGUUUUAAUUUCCUCGAAAAAUAUCGUCUGCUCGUAUCAAGGGAUACUCAAUUCUAUGUGACACUGGCUAUAUAACGAUGACGAAUGGAACAGACGACAGUUCGCUCUCCCUCGUGAACGGAACAGGUGCGAUGUCUCAGGGCCUCGGACAGGCUUCCACCACCCCAGCGGACGGAUAUAACGCCCCCAUCAAGGCUUGUGCGGGGUGCGGAUCUAGGAUCAGUGACCGAUUCCUGCUACACGCCAUGGAACGAUUUUGGCACACGGCUUGUCUGAAGUGUUCAUGCUGUCAAACGAAUCUGGAACAGUUGGGCUCUUGCUUUACUAGGGCCGGCAUGAUACUGUGUAAAAAUGACUACAUGAGAUUGUUUUGCUCCGGUGGAUCCUGUGCCGGUUGUGGACAGAGUAUUCCCGCCAAUGAAAUGGUAAUGCGAACGCAAGGAAACGUUUACCACCUGAAAUGUUUCAACUGUUAUACGUGCAAUAUGCCGUUAUCCCCCGGUGAUCGGUUUGGAGUUGUGAAUGGCAAUAUCAUCUGUGAAAAUGACUAUUCAAAAGCAAAUGUCAAAGGUCAAGUGAAUGGAAAUUCGCGGAAUCAUAAAUAUCGCGGCAUCAUACAAUCAACGUAAACAGGAUGUGACGUCAAAUUGAUAAUUUGUGCCAUUUCAGUAUAUAUGUAAAAUAUGCGUUUAUAUAUAUAUAAACUCUGAAGAAAGAAGGAGAAGAAAGAAAUUUGUUAUGAUGUACUUUUAAACAUGAUUUAUAUUUCAGAAAGAAAUGUCCCAACAAAAUGAAACUUUUUUGACAUUAGAUUGGACUAUUCUUUCAUAAGCAUGGUCGUCAUUACGUUUACACGAUGCUGUCCUCAUUUUCGUCAUAGUCCCAGUUUAUGUACUGAACACGUUUUCUUCCGGUUUAUUUUUAUAUCAACUCGUACGUGGGACAAUAAGCUUACAUUCCGUGUGGAAGGAACAAAGUGAAAUUGUAGUUCACCUUUGUACAAUUGUACUUAUACUUCCCUUUCAUUGUUGUGUUUUAUUUCAUCCUACCUUACAAUGGAACAGUCUCACUUGCCACUUAACUGGAGAACGCCAUGUACAUCUGAGUCAUUUCAUUUUGUAAUUUGUUGUUAAGUUAAUGUAUCAAGCCUUGUAUGGAGAUUUGCUGUUUGUUUCAUAAAUUAAUAAAAGGAGUUUAAUUAAA